UUCGGCCUUCCCCACCCUCCAGUCCGCCUCCCUGCCCUCCGCGACAGCGCUCCCCUCACCCCCGUCCGCCGAAGCUCGCCACCCCAGAGAAAUUUCUCCCCAUCAGCCCCGCCGUCGGCUUCUUCUCCCCCGUUGCACUGGACUGGCGUGGAGUCGAUCGUUCAGUUUCUUGCGGGCUCGCGUGGCGGCGGACUUUCCAGGAGGCUCGGCGGCGUUCGGCUGUGCAUUGUGGAACCAUGCUCAGUGUCAAGUCCGAACCUGCAACUGCAAUGGAUGCAGUGGGUAAGUCGAAAAUCGAGGAGCAUGAACAGAAGGUAAACAGAUACCAAGCUGAACUUGCAGCUCGCAUUAAGGCCAAAUACUUCUCUAAUAAGGCUUUUGACGGAGGAAAAAUCUUUGAAGAAGAAACUAUUGUUGAAGGCGAAACCAUCCGUUCAAGUAGGUGGUCAUGUACAAGUUCGUACGCGAACCCGGUAAAUUUUCUCCGAGAGAAGAGCCAUGAGAGGAGGGAUUCUCCAUCUUCAGCAGCAGAUUCCUCUGCCAAGAACGAUUCUCCAUCUUUGGUAGCUGAAGCUUCACCAAAGAAUAAUGCAGGUGUUUUGGCAACAGCAAACAAUCUAACACCUGGCAAGAGACAGGCAUCCAAGGAGACCUGAUGGGAUAACAGCAGGCUAGUGGGUUGUUGUAUGUUCUUCUCAAGCCUGAAGACAUGCAACAACCCGAAGCAUGCAAGUUAUCAUAUAAUAAAAAUCUGUCCAGCAGAUGUAUGUCGGCGAUGCUUGAUUCAUUUCGUUGAACCAGUUUCAGCAGCAUCUGUUGUGAACAAUUUGUUGCCUUAAGUCUUAAGGUAUAUGCUACCUGAGGCAUGCAAGUUAUCUUUUAAAAAUAACCUGUCCUGCAUAUUAGGCGAUGCUAGAUUCAUUUCAUCGAAUCUUUUUUCAGCAGCAUUUCUUGCGAACAAUGAUUGCACUAUGCACUUUGAAUUUAAUUUUGUGACAUCCAAAUGGGAAGCAUGCUGAUGGUGGUGAUAUUCACAUUUCACUGUAAUGUUUACUAUUGGUCAUCUCGGUUCUUCGUCGAACACCCUUCAUCUCUUGUUUAUGUCUAAAUUUGAACACUUGCCUUUUCCUUUCCCUGAUUUACCUGUGCACUGAGCUAGCAAUUAUUCUUAUCUACAUAACCAUAGACAGAACUGGAUAUACAUAGGCAACAUCCGAAAGUUAACUCUAUUUAAACAGCUUUUUGAGGUAAUGCAGUUCCUUCCUGUUCUUGUCCUGUUAGAUGAAAGCUCCAUCAUCACCACCGCAAAGACAGUAUAUUGUGCUUGUCCCCGGCUGUCCACCCAACCCGUGUAAGUAUAUUAUGUGUCAAAGCUCUUGCUUUUUGAAGCAAUUCAGGUCACUUUUGCAGGGUCCCUGUGACGUGAGCACCUCGCACUGGUCCAUGCCUUUCCAUUUUGUAUUCACACGCUCACGCAGGCUUGGACACUUGAUUUGAUGACAGCUUGCAAACUGCAGAUUUUGCAAUGCACCUGAAUCCUGUUUAUUUUGGACUUUGUAUCUUCGAGACUUGCUACUGAAAGGGCGCAUAAUGGCAAAACUGUUUUAUACCCUGAUUUGGGAUAUCUGAAUCUUCCAUGAGCUCACUGGAUUUGGUACGUAAGCCUUAUUAUCAGUUCCUUAUUUGCGUGUGAGAUCAUUUAGCGUUGUUUUUUAGGGGAAUUUAGCUUUGUU